AGAUCACUUAAAGGCCCAAUUUAGUAUACUUGUCUGGCUUAACGCGAGAAGAAUUCUGCAGUUUUCAUUACUUAUCAACUCCGCCGUCGUUAUGUCUCUCCGUAAAACCCUAACCGCCGUGAAUAAACCGGGUUCUUCAAUCUCCGUCGCCGGUAAUCUUAAUAAUGUUUCAGAGGUCACUGGUUCUUCUACUUCUUCUAGGAUCACGUUUCGACCUCGUAAAUUAAGGAAAGUUUCGUCAGAUCCGAUCAUCGUCAUCACCGCGUCGUCUCCUUCUCUAUCAACCAAAUCAGCGGUUGAUCUCGCUCUCCUUCACUUAGAAAGCUCCGACGAAAUCCUCGGAGCGUUAAUCACAACGCACAACGAUCCUCCAGUGUUCGAAUCAGCCAAUCCUCCGUUCCUCUCCUUAGCGAGAUCCAUCCUCUACCAACAGCUCGCGACGAAAGCAGCCAAGUGUAUAUACGAUAGGUUCAUCUCUUUGUUCGACGGAGGUGAAUCAGGUGUUCUCCCUGAAUCAGUGAUCUCACUCUCCGCCGUUGAUCUCCGUAAGAUCGGUGUCUCCGGGAGAAAAGCGAGUUACCUCCACGAUCUAGCUGAUAAGUACAAGAGCGGUGUGCUCUCCGAUGAAUUGAUUUUGAAAAUGAGUGAUGAAGAGUUGAUUGAUCGGUUAACUUUGGUUAAAGGGAUUGGAGUGUGGACUGUUCAUAUGUUUAUGAUCUUCUCGUUGCAUAGACCUGAUGUUUUGCCUGUGGGUGAUCUUGGUGUGAGGAAAGGUGUGAAAGAUCUUUAUGGGUUGAGAGAUCUUCCUGGUCCGUUACAGAUGGAGCAGCUUUGUGAGAAAUGGCGUCCUUAUAGGUCCGUUGGUUCGUGGUACAUGUGGAGACUCAUCGAGGCUCGUAAGACCAAAUAGCACCUAAAUGUUUGAACAGUUACAUGAUUAGAAAGGAUAAGAGACACUUGCUAGUUGGUUUGACAUUUAAGUUCUGCCUCAUGGUUAGUAGCUUUUGGAUUACUUUAUUGAAGUAGAAAUCUCCCAAUUCUUUAAAGCCUAUAUCAUCAUCUUAAAGUAGUGUUAUUAUCUUUGCGUAUGUGUCUUCUAUAGCUAGCAACAAUCCUAGUAACAUGACUGAUCUUUUCUCAGUGAAGCUUCUAUAUCGUUCGUUGUAGUACGAUUUGUUGCAACCAAUCAUUUCAGUAAUGAUUACUGAAGACCCAGUUGUUCUUUGUCGGCUCGGACAGAUGCUCUGAUUCUGUGACGAAUAAGCUAUUCCACGCCCAUUACUUUGCUAGUAAUCUGAGUUUUCUCUUUUGUAUAUUUGAGCACGUAAGAGAAACCUUUUUAUUUAUCCUAACCGUGUUCCACAGAUCUAGUUAUGAUUCUGUGAUUGUUGUAACUUGUAAAACAUGUAUUAUAUGUGGUUUUCAUUUUGCUUUGACUUCUUGUAUAGAGAAGCGCCAA